GGUAAAACCAUUUCAUCCUGUGGAUUAUUUCAUGGAAGCCAUAUAAUGUCUUUCCUGGAUCAGAUUGUAUUACGCUUGGGAACCUGUUGCUAAAGUACUAUGACAUGUCUCUAGCAAUCAGAAAAAGAAGCUGGGAAGAGCAUGUGACUCAAUGGAUGGGCUUGCCUUUUGGUUCGGUUGAUUCGAAUAUAUUAUGCAAGCAUGGCCUAGUUGCUGACGACUUGUCGGUCGGUAUGGAAAAGGAUGGAGUUCGGAGCAGUGGCCAGAAAGAAACGAGCACUUCCUUGCCAGAUUGCUGUCAUGGCGGAGAGCUGGUAGGUUUCCCCCUGAAGCUGCUGGGUAAUGUUUCCAAAGAGGUGGAUGAAAAUGACAAUCAUCAAGAGGAAGAAGAUUUCCUCUCACUGGAAGCCAGCACAGAAACUUUGGUCAACGUUUCCAUUGGCGGUGAUGAUGGGGAGCUCGGUUUAGAGAAAACCAACCACCAUUUUGCUCAGGUCGAAGAGAAAUUGUCAGAUGGAAGGAACAGUGUGGAAAGAGACGAGCCCUCCACAAAAACUGAACCACAGGUGGAAGCAAGAAAGGGAUUGGAUCAGGCUUACGCGCCGUCCAGGAAAGUGAAUGAACCUCAGUAUGAUACAGUUCCCGAGCCACUGAAGAUAGAGGAGAAUCCUUGUGACAGCAGAGGAGAAAGUGUGGAACUUUAUCGUGACAGCAGCUCUAGUGAAAAUGGUCUGAAAGAAAACUUAAGUCAGCCUCAGGAAAAUACUGUGUCUGAGAAAGUAGUCCGUGCUGCUUUAGCUGCACAAAAGCACAGGGAAUCGGAGACUCCUACUGCCGAAGGGUGUGAAAAAACUCUCUGCAGUCCAGCACAUGAUAAGCUUUCUCCAGGUCAAUGUCAUGACACAUGUAAUCAAGCAGCUUCAGCUGGAGACUCCAGGGACUACCUUCUCCCAUUGCCAGGCUCUCAUUUGCUAUCAGAAGACAAUGGUCCGGAUGGCUUUGCCGAUUCACAAGACAAACUUGUAACAAGUGUGCCCUUGGUGGACGGCGGGACUGAUUUAAAGAACAGCAUGGCCAUGCAUGAGGCUACAGACAGUCAGGUUAUACUGCGCAAAAGAAAGGAAGCGAGAGAAGGCCGAGAUCAGUCACGACUGGAUUCGAUGGUGCUGCUCAUUCUGAAACUGGACCAGCUGGAUCAAGAUAUUGAGAACGCUCUCAGUUCUGGGUCUUCCCCAUCCAGCACACCGACGCACCCGCGGAGGCACAUACGUGAUUUGGAAUCACAUGCUGAAAGUGGAGUGGACGUGGCCACAGUGAACCAGCUGCAAACCAACGUGCCUCUACCUCCUCCCCAUUCCUAUGGUGCUGAUCGUAUACUUCCCAUUCCAAUGGCUGGGUCUGGUGCUAAACCGAAGGCUGGGGCUAUGCCAGUUAUCACAGAAAAAGAGAAGGCUGAAAUUGAGGCCAAGGAAGCAUGCGACUGGCUGCGGGCAGCAGGGUUCCCACAGUAUGCUCAGCUCUAUGAGGAUCUUAUAUUUCCCAUUGACAUCACUUUGGUCAAGAGAGAGCAUGACUUUUUGGACAGAGAUGCCAUUGAAGCCUUGUGCAGGCGUUUAAAUACUUUAAACAAAUGUGCAGCAAUGAAGCUAGAAAUCAGUCCACACAGGAAACGGAGUGAAGAUUCUGAUGAAGAUGAGCCUUGUGCAAUAAGUGGCAAAUGGACGUUCCAGAGGGACAGCAAGAGGUGGUCCAGGCUUGAGGAGUUCAACGUGCUCCCUCCUAAGGCUCCAAACGCCACAUCCCCAGUCGAGGCUCACCUGAGCAGUGCAGCCAGCCAUGAAAGUGUGCUGACAGACCUCAGUGAGCACCAAGAGAUAGUUUCUGUCCACAGCAUCAGCAGUAGCAGCAGUCACCCAGCCGUGUCCCAGAGCGAAGCAUCCACCACCAGAACCAAUUCAGUGAUUAGCGUUGGCUCAUCAGGCAACCCCGUGGCCAAUGAAGACUCCUUCAGCAGUUUGCCUUCUCCCAAAGAGCUGUCCAAUUUCAGCUUCGGCGUGAAAACGACCGAGAAGAACACCAAGUCCAAAACAAGAAGCCUGUUAAAGAGGAUGGAGAGCUUAAAAAUUAAAAGCUCCCACCACAGUAAAAACAAAGCCCCUUCAAAACUUGGCCUCAUUAUCAGUGGGCCCGUCUUGCAGGAAGGCGUGGAUGAAGAGAAGCUGAAGCAGCUGAAUUGCGUCGAGAUCUCCACCCUCAAUGGCAACCACAUCAACGUCCCUAUGGUACGGAAAAGAAGCGUCUCCAAUUCUACCCAGACGAGCAGUAGCAGCAGCCAAUCGGAAACGAGCAGUGCCGUCAGCACCCCAAGCCCCGUCACGAGGACACGUAGCCUCAGCGCCUACAACAAAAGAGUGGGCAUGUAUCUAGAAGGCUUUGACCCAUUCAACCAAUCGACAUUCAGUGAUGUCAUAGAGCAGAAUUUUAAGAACAGAGAGAGCUUUGCGGAAGAUACUGUGUUUUUCAUUCCUGAGGACCACAAGCCUGGAACUUUCCCCAAAGCACUCUCCAAUGGCAACUUUUCUCCAUCGGACAGCAGCCCCUCUGUGAACUGGAGAACAGGGAGCUUUCACGGGCGCAGCCAUCUCGCCCUCCGGAGGGAAAACAGUUCCGACAGCUCCAAAGAUCUGAGCGUUGGGAAAAGGCGCAAUUCCUCCAGCUCCGUGUGCAGUCGCCUCAGCAUUUAUGAUAACGUGCCGGGCUCCAUCUUGUAUUCCAGCACAGGUGACCUGGCCGACCUUGAAAACGAAGACCUUUUCCCUGAGCUGGAUGACAUUCUGUAUCACGUUAAAGGCAUGCAGAAAAUAGUGAACCAGUGGUCGGAGAAGUUUUCCGACGAAGGGGACUCUGAUUCAGCCCUCGACUCGGUUUCCCCGUGCCCUUCCUCUCCCAAACAGAUUCUCCUGGAUGUGGACAAUGAUAGAACAAUACCCAGUGAUCUUGACAGCACGGGAAAUUCUCUGAACGAUACAGAAGAGUCCACAGGAAUCCAGGAAAGAAGAGACUCUGGGGUGGGGGCAUCGUUGACACGUUCAAACAGGCAUCGAAUGAGGUGGCACAGUUUCCAGACGUCUCACCGGCCCAGUUUAAGUUCGGCAUCUUUACAGAUCGACUGCCAGUCCGUGGUGCAGAUGAACCUGCUGCAAAAAUACUCCCUCUUGAAGCUAACUGCCCUUUUGGAGAAAUACACGCCUUCCAAUAAACAUGGCUUCAGCUGGGCUGUGCCAAAGUUUAUGAAGAGAAUAAAGGUCCCUGAUUAUAAAGAUCGAAAUGUGUUUGGAGUUCCCCUCACUGUUAAUGUCCAGCGUACAGGUCAGCCACUUCCACACAGUAUUCAGCAAGCCAUGCGGUACCUUCGGAACCAGUGCCUGGAUCAGGUUGGGCUUUUCCGAAAAUCCGGAGUCAAGUCAAGAAUCCAGGCUUUGCGGCAGAUGAAUGAGAACUCAAUGGGCAAAGUCAACUAUGAAGGCCAAUCUGCUUACGACGUGGCAGACAUGCUGAAGCAGUUUUUCCGUGACCUGCCAGAACCACUCAUGACCAACAAACUUUCAGAGACUUUCUUACAGAUCUACCAAUAUGUGCCAAAAGACCAGCGGCUCCAGGCAAUCAAGGCAGCCAUUAUGCUUCUCCCAGAUGAGAACAGGGAGGUUCUACAAAUUCUCCUUUAUUUCUUGAGUGAUGUCACGGCUGCCGUGAAGGAAAACCAGAUGACGCCGACGAACCUUGCGGUGUGCUUAGCACCUUCUCUUUUCCACUUGAACACCCUCAAGAGAGAAAAUUCGUCUCCAAGGCAAGUCUCCAGGGUGAUGCAAAGGAAACAGAGUCUUGGAAAACCUGAUCAGAAGGAUUUAAAUGAGAAUUUGGCUGCAACGCAAGGCCUGGGUCACAUGAUUGCAGAGUGUAAGAAACUCUUUCAGAUCCCCGAAGAAAUGAGCAAAUGUCGGAAUUCUUACACAGAACAAGAUCUUAGGCCACUGAGCUUGGAGGAACUAGGACGAAAUAGCAACUCUGAGCCUGCGGACUAUCAUUCUUACAUCCAGGACUGUAUGGAUGAUUUGCUCAAAGAGAUUAAGGACAAAUUUAAAGGCUGGGUCAACUGUCCCACCUCAGAGCAAGCAGAGCUUGCCUACAAGAAGGUAUGUGAGGGUCCCCCUCUCCGUUUGUGGAAGUCUACAAUUGAAAUCCCUGCAUUUCCUGAAGAGGUCUUAAACCGUAUAUUUAAAGAACAGCACCUUUGGGAUGAGGAUCUUUUAGACGCCAAAGUGAUUGAGACCUUGGACAGCCAGACGGACGUAUACCAAUAUGUACAAAACAGCAUGGCACCACAUCCAGCCAGGGACUAUGUCGUCCUCAGGACUUGGAGAACAAAUUUAUCUAAGGGAGCCUGUACACUUCUGUGCUCCUCUGUGGAACAUGAUCGGGCUGCAGUCCUUGGCGUGAGAGUAAAUGUGCUUCUGUCCAGGUAUCUCAUUGAACCGUGCAGUUCAGGAAAAUCCAAGCUUACCUACAUGUGUAGAAUUGAUUUAAGGGGGCAUAAACCUGACUGGUAUGCAAAGGCUUUUGGGCAUUUAUGUGCAGCUGAAGUUGUGAAGAUCAGAGAUUCUUUCUGUAAGCAGAACGUGGAGAGCAAGGACGUAAAAUCCAGGUGACUGCUGAAGCCAACCAACUCUGCAUUCACCCCAUUGCCACCGGUGUGCAUAGAUAUGCCCAGGAGCUGGUGAUUGUCUGCUGCAGAACGGGUCACAGUGCGGCCUGUGAAGUUCUCGCAUGAACCAAGAGUAUCUGGAACUGGUCUGAUGUUCUCACUCAAAAGGCUGUGGCAAUACCAUGCUUUUUAAAGCUGCUGCUUCCUGUCAGUUGUUAGGUCUAUCGUGUAGGCCUUGACUGGAAUAUACUGGACAUUACCAAAAAAAAAAAUUUUUUUUUUAAAAUAUAUUAUUCUAUGUGUGAAUUGCUUCUGAGAAGCAAAAUGCUAAGACAUAUAUUCUGGAAUACAGUGGAAAAAAUGAUUUUAACUUUGCAUAUCUGGCUGUGUGCUGUUCGUUGUGGGAUUGUUGCAUCCACUGGAUUUGUUG